UACCACCACCGCUGCCGGCAUGCGAAUGCCGCCCCCGACAUCGGGCGGAAUCAACGAGCCCCAGGAGUGCCCUUAUUGUCGUCGCACCUUCAGCUGCUACUACUCCUUGAAACGUCAUUUCCAGGACAAACACGAGCAGUCCGACACCCUCUACGUGUGCGAAUUCUGUCAUCGACGUUAUCGUACCAAGAAUUCACUCACAACACACAAGAGUCUACAGCACCGCGGCUCCAGCGGCAUGCUCAAGCGCCUGCUCAAAACGUCUGCCAUCAAGAGCGUCCUAGCGGCACAGCCACAACCGCCACCCCCGCGCCUACUAUGACCAUUGACCACUACUACUACUACCACCACUUCUUCGCCACACACGUUGCCGCCACUGUCGCCACCGUGCUCCCGUCAACCGGCCUAAAAACAGCCUACACGGUGACGAAACGAUUGAUAACAAAUCAUAACAUUAUAUACAUAUAACGAUCAAAUUAUCACUACUGCUGCUACUACUGUUAUUAUUAAUAAUCAUCUAUUCCUACUUAUUAUUGCGUUUAAAAUAGAGGUAAUCACGACCUAAAAAAAUCAUCUUGUUAUUUCUUGAAUGUAGGGGAAGAACAACUUGCUCCUUAAUAAAUAAUUUCGGACAUGUUAACAAAAACUAAAGCGGCCAAUCUGCUCAAAACUGAUAAGGAUUUACUUACCACAAUUAGAAAGAAAUUAAUAAUUCAAUGAAACUGACACAACCCUUUUAUGGUUGCGGUAUUGUAUGCAUUUAGCAGUUGUAAACUACCUCUCUGUACAUACAGAGCAAUGUUUUAGUUGAUAAUAUUUUUUGUACUUAUACCUAUUUUUAAAACCGUGCUUGCCUACUAGGCAUUCCUGUCCAUAAUUUUUUUCUUCUAAUGCAAACAGUCCUUUAAAUCAUUCUAGUAGGUCUUCUCAUCAUAUUGGUCCCUACUUAACUAAUUGCCGUUACAAUAAUAAAAAACAAUUUUUAAGGAGAAUAGUUAUUAGUUUUACUAAUAAUAUGAAUAAAUCUUAGCCUGAUAGUCAUAGAUUUCUAAAUUUUUCAGAAAUGCGCAUUUGAAAAAAAAUAAUUGAUAAUACAUUAACAACAUCAGCUUAUUCUCAUGAUGAGGAAUAAUGAAGCAACGUAAAAAAAAAUUAGAAAAUCAGCACGAAUACUGAUUUUGUUAAAAUGUCCUGUUGCCGCAAGUACAAAAACUCAGAGUUUAAUGUAGAAUAUAUAAUAUAAGAUAUAAAACAUAAUUUUUAUUGACCUUUACACUUUAAUCUAUGUCGAAAUUAUACAGUUGUAGGUUCGCGGUGUCAAAUAAAUCGAAAGUAGGAGGUAUAACAUAUCUUGACAGAAAAAUAUCAUUCAUAUCACAUAUUGCAGACCAUUCAUAUUAAAAAAAAUAAUGACCUAUUCGGGUUAGGUCUGUGCAUUUUUAGAUAGAACAUUCCCUCAAAUUCACUGUGAUUCAGUUUGCCCCUUUGCUGUUUUGGUUUGAUUGAUCUUGGGCACACUUUUGCAUUUAAAAAA